UGGCUGCUGGAAUGUGACACUCGCUACAUGAGACGGUUCAAGACAGCGACACCUAAGACUACUUCAAAUAAACCAGUUACUCAACCUGUGCAGGACAGGUGGACCACACAACAGGUUUGCUGUUUAAACGUGGGUGUGAAAUUUAUUCACAAACCGAUCCAACCUCCUGUGCUCCAGACCAUGUUUUCAAUGUCAGUGGCUGGAUCAGACAGAAGAUACUCUAAUAUUAGGAGUGCAACCAGAGCUGUUACACAUUUAAAAACAGCAGCUGACCUGAGGCGAACACACAUUCCCUGCACAGUAAAAAAACUGCAGGAGCAGUUUUUCUCAGAACAACGGGAAGCUGACCUAAUUACCCAGCCGCUUCUGGACACAGAGAAUGGAUUCAUUAAGGACUUGGAGCUCUACCUGGAUCACAGGGACAAACUUGCUCUGAGGAAGUGUGGGCUUCUGCAUAAGCAGUGGACAGACUGUGUGUGGCAACCAAUACAGCAAAGCAUCAAGCGGCGCUUUACACAUGCCAGUUUUAAGGGAGCAAAGCCAAUAAGGAUGAUGAUGACACACUAUAUUGACUACUGCAACACAAAGGGGUUUGUGUCUUUGGAGAGCUAUGAUUCUCGGGAGUAUGACCCUUUCCUGCUCCGGAUCUGCAAGCCCAACUCUUAUCAGGUCAGCACCCCUUCCUUGAAGGAUCCGCUGUGUCUCCAGUCACGUUCAAGAAUGAGAGAAAACAGAGCAAUCAUUCGCUGUCAAUCAGGGUGUGUGAAUGACCAUCAACAGAAGGAAGAGGCCAGAGUAAAGAACUUCCUGCCAAGAACCAUCAGGAGUAGAGGCACUGUUUACCUGCCCACAGCAGAGGGGCGAUGCUUCCAACGUGGAUGCUGGUCUUCUGUUGUUUCUUCAUUAAUGUGAUCACAUGACAUCCAGAUCCAUGUUAAGAAGUCAGUUUGUGAAACUUAUUUUUUGUUGGUUAGAUAAAAAAUGAAUUCAUGCA